AUGCAACGCCCCAAACAACCAUCCUUUUCUUUCUCUGGUAUUGAGUUUGGAAAUUUUGAAGAUGAAGCAUGCAAACAAUUCCGAAAAGAAAAAACCACGUUUAUGAAUAGCGGGUUAACAGGCCGAGUUUACAUCAAAGAUUGGUCGGAUUUGGAAUGUUUCAUAGAUACCAAGUCGGGAUACAAAUUUUGGAUGGACAUUAAACGGAAAAAUGUAAAGAAAAUUGUGUAUAGUCAACUUGGAUCUUUCAUAAUCAUUGCAAUGAAAACUGUACCUUAUGUAACCAGACAGAAAACAGUCAGUGUGUAUGAAAUACAGAGAGAGCCAAAAACACGUAUUGCUGCUCCUGAAGCAUCUGACAACAAUGACACCUCAAAUGCAAAUUGGUUAGCACAGUUGGAGUUCACCCGAUCGAUUUUAUUCAACCACGUCUCACCCUCUGAUUGGAGAGAUGUCGAGAAAGUGCUUCACAAAGAUCAUACUUUGAUUGAAGUUAACACAGAGAUGAGUUACAUUGAGAGACCAGUAUUUGAGAUUGAAUUUCCUGAGCUUUUGUUUAACACACUCUACCUAUUGCUAUGCCUAAAUACCAAAGUUCCAGGUCUAUUACUAUGUCACGAAAGGAAUGACCAAAUUAACAACACCAUUGUCCGUUUUGUGAAUCAGGAUUAUGCAUUUGAAUGGAUUGAUCAAGCCUUGAGAGAUCUCUUGGAUGACAGCCAUUUCUAUCCAGUAGACUUUCCACAAUUAUUUGAAAGGGCCAUUGAGAAACGACAACAUUCUAUGGACGAAUCCUUUAUAGAUAAGGAAAAAAACUUAUUCCAAAUUCGAAAGAUCAUCAUCACACCAACAGGUAUGAGAUUUUACGACAAGACCGUGGAAGGAGGAAAUCGAGUGUUGAGAAAAUAUUCUCCCUUGCAAUUGGAUCGUUUUGUACGAGUCAAUUUUUGUGAUGAGGAUUUAAAAAAGCUCAGUGCAGAAAAGUUUACCAAUUUGCAUCCACGAAUUUUAGCCAUCAUGUCGAAAGGAAUCCAAGUGGCGAAUCGAAAUUUUCAAGCACUUGCGUAUUCCAACAGUCAACUUCGUGCACACAGUUGCUGGUUUCUUAGUCCCACCAAUGAAUUAACUGUGAACUCCAUUCUUGGAAGUCUUGGAGAUUUUUCAUCGAUCCGAGUAGUGGCCAAAUACGCUUCAAGAAUUGGUUUAUGCUUUUCUCAUACGUAUGAAGGUAUCACAAAAUGCUACGAUGUGGAAGAGGGAGUGAUAAGAGGCAAGUGGGACUUUACGGAUGGUGCUGGCAAAAUUUCACAAUCGUUUGCUACAGAUCUCGCUAACACCAAUGGCUUGAGUUAUGGAGGAAAACCUUACAUUCCAUCAGCGUUUCAGUUUAGAAUGGGAGGGGCUAAAGGAGUUGUGGUUGUGGAUCCCUACUUGCCCUACUAUACCGAUAAGGAUCUCGUUUUAACGAAAAGUCAAAUCAAGUUUGAUGUUAAGGAAGUUUCAGAUUUUGAGAUGAUUACCUACUCGAAGAGAUUUCGAGUGGCCACUUUGAACCGACAAGUGAUUGCACUGUUAUCAACGAAUGGCGUUAAAGAUCAAGUGUUUCUCGAAAUGCUCGCUCGUGAAUUGUCAGAUGUGAGUGACGCAGUUAAGGACAAGACGAAAAUCAAGAGAUUAUUAAGAAAAAUUAGAGAUCAUCCCAUUGGCGUCAAUGUUUCUCGAAUACUCAAGUUGAACACGUUGGAUGAAAUGACACGACAAGUUAUGCCAAAAGACAAAUUUUCUAAUUUUCAAUACUUUUUCCAAAUAGACCCGUUCUUUUGUACCAUCAUCAAAUCCAUGCUAAAGAUGAAACUCAAUGAUCUUAAACAAGCAAGAAUUCCUGUAGAGAAGGGAACCUUGCUGAUUGGAGUUCCAGAUUUUACAGGAGUUCUUGAAGAAGAUGAAGUGUUUAUUCAACUUUCAGCACUUGAACAUACAGAUCUAGUAGAAGAAGGUACCUAUCCUCAUGGCGGUAUUGUCUCUGGAACUGUGUGUGUCACGAGAAAUCCCUGCUUGCAUCCAGGUGACAUUCGCAAGUUGAAAGCUGUUUCAGAUCCAAACAAAAUUCAGAUAUUAUCACAUUUGAAGGAUGUCAUUGUGUUUAGUCAAAAAGGACAACGACCACAAGCCAGUAAAAUGUCAGGAGGAGACUAUGAUGGAGAUUUAUUUAUGGUAUUAUGGGAUCCACGCCUAUUACAAUUUGAGGAACAUCCUCCCAUGGAUCAUGAAACAUUGGAACCGAAAACAAAACAAGGAGGAUGUUCCUUUAACGACAUUGGAGAGUUUUUAACAGAGUAUAUUGUGAAUGAUAAUUUGGGAAUUGUUGCCUUUCUUCAUUUGGAGCAUUACGAUCAAGAGCGUUUGGGAGCUAAGAGUAAGGUUUGUCUUGAAUUAGCAGAACAUCAUAGCCAUCAAGUCGAUUAUGCCAAAACAGGCACGAGAAAGGCACUUCACCCCUAUUUAAUGUCGAGUAAGAGACCUCACUACAUGCCAAAAGCUUUUGCCAAAGAAACGUAUCGUUCAGAGAAGGUUCUUGGGAAAAUGUAUGAUGCAGUGUUAAAAGAGGAAAAGCAAGUGAAAAAACUUGAGAAAUUGCCAAACUGUACAAAAGAUGAGAAUGCCUCACCAGAGUCGAUACUAAGUCCCUAUUUUAAGAUUCUCGAUCAGAUUUUCAUCCAAUACAAGCCACUGAAGCAAUUGCUUAAUUUCCAAAAAGAGGCUGUGACGAAUCUUAUGGAUGAUGAUAUUGUCAUGUGUUAUGAACAAGUACUGGUACUCUAUGAAAAGUAUAAGAAAGAUCUUAAAAAACUUCUUCAGGCCUAUGACAUGGAAUCAGAAGCAGUAUUUCUUUCAGGAUUCUUUGAUACCAAGCAUUUGGAAAACAAGUGUGGAAAACGAGACUACAAGCUCAAGAUGGAAAUCAACAUGUUCGCCGAUAAAUUUACCAAGGCCUAUCACCAAAGCAGUGAAGAAUUGAUUAGAAAGCACACCUCUUGUCAACUCUCUCAACAAGACAUUGCAACCAUGUUUUACAUUGCAGUUCGGAAUGAUAACAAAACACACAUGAAAAUCAAGAGAUUAUUUGGCUACUCAUUCUAUUAUCUUGUUAUUGACAAGAUGGUAGGAUUUAAAGAUGAUCAAAACCAACAUCAAUAA